GGUAGCCAUUGGCGGACAUUUACAUUUUCAAGUUUGAAAGUCAUUAUAUUUUACUUCGAAUUUAUGGAGAAAAUGUUGAAUUAGAAACACUUUAAGCAACAAUGGACUGAAAGAUAAACUUGGAAGGCUUUAUAUUUGGCUUUAUGACCCAAAAAGCGGUGGUUUUUGCAUUUGGAUGUGAGAAGACCUGUUGGAAGGAUUGGUGAACUUUGCGUGGCAACCGAGUUUGUGUUUACAUGCGUUGAGGAUAAAAUUGGGAAAAUAUUCAAGGAAUUCAACCAGAAAAAAGCAGGAAACUUUCAAAAAAUCCAAAGACUAGAAGCUGGUGGGAAUAGAAAGUAUUAUUUGUCAACUACGAGACUGUUGGUACGGCCGUAAACAACAAACAAUCAAAGAAAGUCGCCAUGUUACCUCGCUUGCUGUCAUUCGUAUUUACAAAUUUUCCAAAGUGAAUGACUAAUUUGUCUAAGAAAUAUAUAAGUUGACCAAGAAUCGUACCAUUAAUCAUUAAAAGAAGGUUUUAACAAUUCUACAGAGACUCUAGAAACUUCAUUUUUGACUGCAUAUAUCGCCUGGCGAAACACUUUAAUUCAUAUUUAAGAUUUUCUGUGAAAAUGGCUGUAUAUUUUGAUCACAAGAUCCAGGCUCCGAGUGUGGGUGUCCAGACAGACAUUGCUUGGCAUAUUAACUAUCCACUGCUUGCUGUUGCUUCUAAGAGUGAGCCUGGAGUUGGUGGAGCUGUUAACUUCUUUUUGGAUGAGGGUGAACUAGUUGAAGACUCCUCAAUCCAACGUUCAUGUGAAGUGACUGCAUUUACAUGGCAUCCCACUAGAAAAAUCCUUGCAGUUGGCUGGGAAAGUGGUGAUGUCUUAGUAUGGAAUGAACAUGACCAUGAACUCCAUGAAGCAUCCUCUGUUCACUCUUCGGCAGUCAAAAUUAUUGAAUGGAAUUCAAAUGGAAGUAAAUUAGUUACUGGUGAUGAGAAUGGAGAUGUAGUAGUAUGGAAAGCAGACCAAAGAGGUAGACUAAAUCAAACCCCAGUCUUUCAACACAAUGUCCAAUCUGCUGUCAAGACAUGUGUCUUCAAGGCYGCAGGAUCAGAAUCGACUAAUGAUGAACCUUCAUGGAGGAAAAGUAAACUGGCUGCUCUUUCACAAGCAUCUGUAGAUAGUUCCUUUUUUGUAGGAACAGUAAAUGGAACAGUUCAUUACAUGGAUGAUAAAGGCAGAUGCACUCAAUCAUUUACAACAGAAGGCCCUGUUAAGACUUUACUGUACACUGAAGGCAAAGACGUCUUAGUGACAGUUACAGAUGGACUCAUGUUAUCACAGCAUACUGUAGCAAAAGAUGGCUCAACUACUGAAAUUAUGAAGGUAAAGCUUAGUGGACAGGCAGCAAAGAGUCAAAUGAUAUGGGCUGGGAAACAGAUACUAGCUACAGCAUCAGGGGAAAGUCUCAUAAGAAUGUGGGAUUUAGAUCAAGAUGACAAUUUUGUUCUUUCUCUCGAUGGUGGUGCUUUCGAGAGUGGUGAAUGUAUCAAUAACAUCACCUACAAUAAAUCCAAAGGUAUACUUGCUGGUUGUACCAACAAAGGUAAAGUAGCCAUGUGGAAGUACAUGGUGUCUAAAAGUAAGACUGAUGCUCAGUCAAGAUGGGAAUUACAGCCAGCAUCAGUACUAGAAGGAGAAGCAGAACUCACUCAAAUACAGUUUGCAGGCAGCAAGAACCUACUGGCUGUCAACUGUGUAGCAACUGUCAUUAUCCUAAAUGAACAGGUUAUGAAUGCUCACUACAACCUAGAGGUUGCAGCAGUUCAAGUAUCCCCAAGUCAGCUGACAGUGGAGAACUUUUCUAGCUCAUUCAAUCAGGACUUGAAAACAGAUAUCCACAUCAAGGGAGUCUUUGUUACCAAGUCUCAUACAACCAUUUGGAAUGGAAAAAGGAUAGUUGUUUAUGAAGUGUCUCCUGAUAAAGCCAUGGUCAGAGCUGAAGGCUCAUUCAACUCGGAUUCACCUGUUGCUGUAGUUCACGAACAGAGUGUAUACACCAUUGAGCCAGGGAAGAUACAAGUCAGGACUUUUCAAGGUACAGUGAAGCAGAUCCUAUCUUUCUCAGAGACAGAAGGAGAUCCAAUAUUACUUGAUCUGUGUGGCAACUACCUUGUUGCUGGUACUUCUCUGGGUUAUAUUAAAGUAUGGGAUUUAUCUAGGAGAGAGGCCAAACAACAUUGUACUCCAAAGAGUCUUAGUGAGUCUAUCUCAGACCUUGGCAAGCUGAAGUGUGUAAAAUGCAACUGUAAUGGAACCAAAGUCAGCAUCCUGUCUGAAAAGAAUGAUGUAAUAGUAGUGUCUCUGUUCAGUAUUCCUGAAAAUGGAACCCUGUUGCAAGAUUACUUUUCAUUAGACUCUACACAGAGCAAAUUAAUGGGUGUACAAGUUCCGUUCAUGUUUCUAAUGAGAAAGGGUGGUAAUGAAUCUAAGAAUUCCCCUGAGGCCAUGCCAGCCAUAAACGCUCCAGCCUACCUCAAUCGAAUGGUGAUUAAACACACUAUGAAGGAUUUUAUUGGUCUAGAGAAUGCUAAUGAAGAGGCCAAGAAAGCCAUGAUGGAUUUUAGUUACCUGUCAGCUAUAGGUAACAUGGACGAGGCCUUUAAAGCUAUCAAACUGAUCAAAAGUGAGUCAGUAUGGGAGAACAUGGCCCGAAUGUGUGUAAAGACCAAGCGUCUGGAUGUAGCUACUGUGUGUCUAGGGAACAUGGCUAAUGCACGUGCUGCCAAGUCUUUGAGAGAGAGUAUGCAGGAACCUGAACUAGAUGCCAGAGUAGCAAUGCUUGCACUACAGCUGGGAAUGUUGGAGGAAGCUGAAAAGCUGUACAUCAACUGCCAAAGAUUUGACCUUCUGAACAAAAUGUACCAAGCAAGCAACCAGUGGACCAAGGCUGUUGAGGUAGCAGAACUGCAGGAUCGCAUACACCUACGAACCACGUACUAUAACUAUGCCAAACACCUGGAGGCAAUGGGAAAUGUAUCCGGUGCCAUUAACAACUAUGAGAAAUCCGAGACACAACGCUUCGAAGUUCCUCGAAUGCUGCUAGACGAACCACAACAGCUGGAAGCUUACAUACUCAAGACUAAAGACAAGGAGUUACGAAAAUGGUGGGCGCAGUACAUGGAGAGUACAAGUGAGAUGGAAACCGCUCUACAGUUCUACGAGGCGGCUCGUGAUAAUUUAUCGCUCGUUAGGGUCUACUGUUACUGUGGAAACCUAGAAAAGGCUGCAGAGAUCUGUAACGAGACUGGAGAUCGAGCGGCUUGCUAUCACUUGGCUAGACAGUUUGAAAACCAGGAUAAUAUAAAGGAUGCAAUCCACUUCUACACGAGAGCACAGUGCUAUAGCAACGCUAUAAGAUUAGCCAAGGAUCAUGGCUUGGAUAAUGAGCUGAUGAAUUUAGCACUGCUUAGUGCACCCAAAGAUAUGAUUGAAGUUGCAAGUUAUUACGAGAGCCAACCCAACAUGCAGGACAAGGCAGUAAUGCUCUAUCAUAAGGGUGGUAAUAUUACCAGAGCGUUAGAUCUUUGCUUCCGUACCCAACAAUUCGCUGCCCUUCAAGUCAUAGCAGAAGAUCUGGAUGAGAACACAGAUCCCGUCAUGAUUGACAAGUGUGCUGAGUUCUUCAUUGAGCAUGGCCAGUACGAUAAGGGUGUAGAUCUCUAUGUCAUUGGCAAAAAGUAUUCAGAAGCGCUGGACCUCUGUUUGGCUCAUAACGUAACGAUCACAGAAGAACUUGCAGAGAAGAUGACAUUGCCAAAAGGAGAAGCAAACAGAGUUGCCAUGCUGGAACAAAUCGCUGAAUGUGCUAUGCAGCAAGGUUCCUAUCACCUAGCAACCAAGAAAUUUACACAAGCUGGCAAUAAAAUGAAAGCAAUGAAGGCGCUUCUCAAGAGCGGAGACACAGAGAAAAUCGUCUUUUUCGCUGGUGUAUCGCGACAACGCGAGAUCUACGUGAUGGCGGCUAACUAUCUGCAAUCGCUGGACUGGCGGAAAGACCCUGAAAUCAUGAAGAAUAUAAUAGGAUUCUAUAACAAGGGACGAGCGUUGGAUCUUCUGGCGGGAUUCUAUGAUGCAUGUGCACAGGUGGAGAUCGAUGAGUAUCAGAACUAUGACAAAGCUUUGGGUGCCAUGACAGAAGCCUACAAGUGUAUGGCUAAAGCCAAGGUGAAGAAUGUCAUUGAACAGGAAGAGAAAGUUGCCUUCUUGAAACAGAGAAUAGGAUUAAUCAAGAAGUUUGUACAAGCAAGAAGGGCGUACGAAGAAAAUCCAGAAGAGGCUAUCAAAAGCUGCCAGCUUCUACUGGAAGAACCUGACCUAGAAACGGCAGUAAGAAUAGGAGAUGUGUAUGGAUUAAUAAUAGAACACUUCGCUCGUGAACGAAACUAUCCUAAGGCGUACUCAUUCAUGGAAGACAUGCGUCAACGAGUCCCAACAGUCAACAUGGCAUACUAUGUCAAUAUCAAAACAAUAGAAGCCGUCCACAAAUCCCUAGGAGUACCCCUUGGGCGUGGCAUGGGUGCUGAGCGGGAUAUCAAGGGAGGGAUGGACGAGGAGGAUGGCGAAGAAGUCGAAGAGGAAGUCGAAGAAGAGAUUUUUAACGGACACGACGAUUAUUGAUUAUAAUCCAAGUAGACUAAGAUAUAAAAAUGAAGAACAUUUUGGUAUAUAUUUAUUGACUAGAAAGAGUGAAGUGACAACUUUUAGAUAGGUAGACUUGUUGAUAAGCACUGACAGUAUUUGGGGAACAUGCUGUCAUAGUAUUCUUUAAAUUCCCUGAAUAUUGCUAUAUAAGUCUUCAUUCACGUAAAGGUAGAAUGAGUCACCCUACCUUUGAGAAAUACUUUUGAGCCAGAGACCGUUCACAUGAAGGAAGGAUGACCCUGAUGCUAGGGACAAGUCUUUUGUUUUCCUUCCCCAGGGGACACCAAAAACAAGAGAUAGCCCUAGCAGUAGGAUUACCCUACCUUAUGAGAGACUGUUCACAUGAAGGUAGGGUGACCCUGGUGCUAGGGAAAACUCCUUUGGGAAUACCAAUAAGAAGAGAUAGCCCUAACUGUAGGGCCACCCUACCUAUAUAUAAACAGCUGUAAUCCGAAAUGCUUUUUUGAGGGCAUUUAUAAAAAAGAAUGGGUUUUGAAAACUCCUUGAUUACUUCUUGAAAGUCUAAAAAGAAAAUAAUCAAAUAACACUAAUGCAAGGAAUGGCGUCCAAAGAUCAAUAACUUAACAUUUGUAGCACUUCUUGAAAAAUGGGAAUUUAGAUUAAACCUUACAAAUGUAAAUACUAUGAAAACCUAGCCCUCUUAGGACUUAUACAGGGACCCUAAAUUCUCUGCUUAAUUGUGCUAACUACACUAAUAUCUUGAUAAGCUUACACGUUACUCUUUUUUUUUUGCCUUGUAUUUUUUAUCUGUAAAUCCAUGGUAUAUAUUUACUCCAACUCUUUCACAGUUUACUAAUCAAGACGUAGAACGAAAAUAUAGCAUAUCUAUUUGAGCCAAUGCUAUCACGUGACAGACAUCUUCGAUGUUAUCACAGUACAGAGCAACGAAACUUGAUUACCUGAGGUCAAAAUGCUAUUUAUUCUGCUCUCACCUGAUUGGCUCACAUUUUCACUCUGCAUCGUGAUUGGUUAACUUUUUCAGAGUUGUUCCAGACGAUCUAAGACUCCCUUCGCUCAUCAAACUAUUCAGUUGGCAAAGUAUGAUUGGAAUAUUUACAAAAGCAGCUGUUUAGGUAUGAAAGACUGAUCAUGUUAAAGUGUUUAUAUAUGUUAAUGUAUAUUGUCCCAAUAACAUGCAAGCGGCUAGCGCAUAUACCCACUGAUUUUUCUAUUACACUUAGACACGUUCAAACGAA